CACUAAUGUUCCUGGGAGUUUGAAUCACCUGUUCGAACGAAGCACGGUUCAUUUGAUCUAACUUCGGAAGAACUGCCGUUAAUGAGUCCAAUGCUGCACUCUACUUCUCGUACCAAAUUGUAAUUGUCGAUUGUUCUCUGUAUAUAUGAUUCGACGAGGUCGCUAUUGAAACCACUAGACUCGCCACUUACAAGACAUUACACGCAGUGCAAGCGCAGAAGAGGCGUUGGGAAGUUUCUGUGAGUGCGAGUGUUGCGCAGAGAGCAGUCUAAGGCACAAUUGCGGACCGAUAGAGUCGGUGAUGACUCAAUAGUGAAGAAGGACAGCGAUGUUUAAGAGCACUUGUGGCCCCAACCAGCUCAAUGUCGGCUGCAUGCACGGAAGGAACGACGGACUGCAGUGAAAGUCCCUUUACGUCGUUAAGAUUAGUGUUGCUCCCAGACAGGGAGCCGAGACUGAUGAAGGCUGGAAACGUCUGAAACCGUUUGAUGAUCUGUACGAGUGUGUUGAUUGCAUGAAGACCGCGUGAGCUCGGCGACGAUCAAAAUCUGUUCCUCCACCGGUAGCUGUAGCUCGAGAGAUGAAGUCAAAUCUAAGAGGUUCCGCAUUCCAUGCCCAACGUGCACGCUAGUGCUCGGACAUUCUCGCUGGGGAGAAGUCGUGCCAUUGGAUCCCUGUAUCCCGGACUGACAUCUCAGCAAACCUUGAUGUGGAACAGUCGUCUGCCUGGAAGCACAAGACAAAGGGACAUAGUCCAGCUGUCGAGUGUGGCACACGGAAAUCGGCUGUCCGUUCACAUUUUCCAAGCACGUCCAAGAGCAUGGGGACGACAGCCCUCGGCCCCGUCCCCCCCUCUUCACUCUUCACUCGAGCACAAGAACCGGGACGCAACUGUUGCAGGGCAAUCGAGGGGGAAAAGGUAAAAUACUAAAAUGGUGCUGCUUCUGCUGCUCGAGACAUCUGAAGAAACCUUACCCUGGAACCAGUGGCCUGUUAACCGAAUCCAGCACUGUAGGAGUUUGACUCUUCCAGCACGGGAGCAGAUGGCGCCGGGGAGCAAGUACCGUGAUCAGCACACAGGGGCGCUCGUGGAAGUGGAGCAGCGUUCGUGGCCAAGCUCUGAGCUGGGGGUUCUUCACUGUCCAGUGAAUAUUCGUCACAGGGGAUACUCGGAAAUCAGGAGGCAACAUUCCAGUUCUUUAUGUACAGAUUUGUCCUGUGGUUGACGUCAGUGUCGCACACGCAGCAGUUUACAGCAGUUUACAGGUCGUCGUCGUGUGGGUUAAAUGCAGGUAGUAGCACUUCUUAAUCUCUCACAUCGUCUGCAUCUCUGAGUCUAAUGUUCAGAGCUGUGGCAGAGAGAACCAUCGAAACGAUCAACUUUUGCAUCCUUGAGGUCUUCAUGCCUGGACAUUGACCCCGUGCACAUUCGGUCGAUCGAAUGAGCAAUAGAAGAAGAAGAAGUAAGUAAAAGCAGCAGCUGCAGCAGCUCAGGACUCGUUGCAUGACAGCAGCGAGUGCAUCAUCAUGGGGAAUUUGGUGCGCGCUUGUUUGGGCAGGGACUACAGCGCGCUUCACUUCCAGAGGAGGCGAAAGCUCGCCUGGAAUCUCUGGAUCAUGUGUAAGGUCAUAUGCUCUGCUGUGUUCGAUAAUACGCCCAGAUCUGCUCAGGCCGACGACAAUGCAGCUCUGAACCAGCGUUCUGCUGCUGCAAUGUCUCCAUCCACUCUACUCAAGCUGCUAUACAAGCGGCACGUCUUAAAGUCUCAAAUGGACGCGCAAGCCUUGAGCAGGUGCCACAAUUGUUCCAAGGACACAGAGUGUAAGUUUUGCUCCUCCACCUCCAAAACCAACUCCUCCUCUGCUUCUCCGGCUUCCUCCAAGCGAGAGGCAGAUCAUGGAUCCAGUAUCUUGCACGAGAAAGAGAUGGGCGAUCUCUCACAAUCUAGAGCUCUAGAGAUUCUGUAUCGGCUUAACUCCGAGGUCCAAAAGCUGACGACCAAGUUGGAGAAGGAAGAGGAGGAAGUGAAGAAGUUGAAGGACGAGAUAUCGUCUCUGAGGGCCACUGCUGCCUUCGGCACUAGCAAUGCGGUGCAGUCUCCAAAGUCUAAUCAGAUUCAGGCACAGGCGGCAACUGGAAACUUGCUGUCGGAUGGAAGAUCCGCGCGCGAGGAUUCCAACCCGUUCCACGAGUUCUGCCUCUCGAAUGGCGGCCAAUUGGUCAAGCUGGAAAACGUCUACAUGUUCCAACCAGUUGUGUACAAGUCUCAGAAGCCUUGUGAUGAGGCAAUGCUGGGAGGUUUGACCACCACUACCACCACUACUGGUAGGAUGCACGACAAUGCCGUAUCUGGAAAUUGUAACUCGAAGGUAGAGGAUCAGCAGCAGCAUCUGCUGCAUCACAGUGCAGAUCUACUGCACCAGCAACAUCAACAGCAGCAACAACAAUCGGCUCGGAAAGUUGGGGCGAAGUUUGUGCGGGAACACUCUCUGGGAGAAGGGCUUCGGCCAUUGAAGGUGCAGUCCAAUGCUCGUCGAAGCGUAGACUGCAAAUGCUCUCCGUUGCAUUUCCAGCAGCUGCAGCAGCUGGAGCGCGAGAAUCAGACUCCGUGCGGAAUGGACCUCAACUCUCCCACUCGCACAGAGAUUGAGAUGGACGAGCUAGAUAACUUGUCCAAUUGUUCGUUCGAAUCUGCCGAUACGAGGGACUUCGAGGGUGUGGUGGCCACUGCCAAAUGCCUCAAGAGGCCCGCCCCGGAGGAUUUCCCAGACCAAAUGGACUGGUCGUCAGAAGACUCCGCAAUGGACCACCAUUCCAUGCACAUGCACAGAGAAAAGAGCUUGCAUUGGACGCCCACCGAUCCAGAAAUCGUGGCAAGCCGCCGCCAAGUGCAACAGCGGUAUCAAGAGCUGGAGGAGAAGCUUUUGAAGAUUCUUCAGAGCCCCAGACGAGAAAUUCUGCCUCAGCUUUGGAGCUCCAACUCGAGCUCGUGCUCGAGCUCAGGAAGCUCAACUCCUCGGAGCACAACAGGUUCAGUAUCUGGCCAUCAGGCCAAUGCUGCUGCGGGUAAUGGUGGUGGUUUGUUUUGGUACAGCGCUCGAAAGCUAGACUCCACUAGAACGCGUCCAGAUCUGACCAUUGAUACGAAAUUUGAUACCGAGGUCGUCGAUUUUGCCAAUCAAACCAGCCCAGCCAGUAGCGAAGCACCGACUCUCAAUGUGCCUGUGCCUGUGGUGAUGGCUCCCCUCCCUCCUCCUCCUCCCCCACCUCCUGCAAAGGUCCAGACUCUUCCUUCGGCGACUAAUACUGUAUCAGAGUUCUGUGUAGGCAAGUACGAUCCCAAGGUUCCACUGCAUCGUCGUGGCACUCGUCAAGGGGAAAAAGUGAACGUGGCUGCCCUUGCCAGUCCAGAUCUAAGCCGACUCGCAGAAUCUUCAUCAGAGAUGGCAGCGGAGUCUGAUGGGCAGUUACAGCUGACGACAUAUGUCAACAGGAAUGUAUAUGCAGAUGCCAAGGCAACUGAAGGAGAGUCCACACGAGAGCCAGAAGGAUCAUCGAUUCGGUCUGCAGAUCACUUGUGGGAGGAGGAAAAUGAUUGUGAUUCAGAUUUAGAGGAAGUCGCCCUGGAGACUUACAAGGUCUACAAAUCAGGCGACAUAUACAGACACGACAACCGCACCAGAAACCAUCGACCUGAGCGAGACUCAGAAGCACUGCUAUCCAUAGCCGAUAGCACUUUGUACAGAGAAAGUCAAGGCAGCACCAGCAGCAUGAGCAGUGGAACAAACCACUUGAAACGAAACUUAUCCUUCGGCCCCGUGGGGACGCGGACCCAAACCAGGUUUGGAGUAGAAGCAGCAAGAUUGUCGUUGAGAAAGCAUGGCCUCCAAAGACGAGGUUCAUUUUGACAGACAGUACUGUACUGGAACUCCCAUCGCUAUCAUUAGAAUUACUAGAAGAAGUCUGUCGUAGUACGUACACUACUGUAUUAUAGGUCUUCAGACACUUGAUCUUCUCCUCGCCGUUGCAAAUGCUGCUUCUGUGUAAAGUAUGUACCUGAUCAUUUAUUUUUUGGUUAGCGUUUGCAGUGUGUGUGUGUCUGUCUCUAGAUGUAGGUCUAGAGCUGUAGAGCUGUAUCUUAGUAAUUCGAUCUGUACUAGUAGAAAGAAUGAAAGGCGUGUAUCCCUUUUGUCAUGCUCCCUUGUCCCUUUUCAGCUUUUAUUUGGGGGCUUAGUUCAUCACUUCUCAUUCUCGUGCUCACCUGCUCCUGCUUCUUCUUCUGCUUGUGCUUGAGCUCGGAGGCUGAUCAAAGCAGCAACAGGAAAAGCAAAUGCACAGCAGUGAGGGGCAUCUAGAUCACCACAUAGACGCCUAAUGAGAAGUGAUGGGAUAUCGUUCCUGUGUUGAAAGUUGGUCGGUAGUGAAACUCGAUUUCUACACUGGCGUUCUAAUCAUAAAGUUGUCGUAUCGUUAAGAGAAAUCAAUGGCAUUCCGAUGGGCUCCUCCACUCAUUGGAGGACAUACAUAGUUAGAAACAGUACUACCCUAGCGUUGUACUUCCCCUUUUGCUAGAUCAUAUGAUUAGAAUACGAGUGUAAGAAAUAAAGAUUUUGGCUAGUAGAGUGGUGGCUGUUGUCGUCUCGUUGUGUUGUCGUCUCGUCUUGUCUUGCUCCUGGCAGUGUACUGGCCAGCCAACGUACCUUCACAUGACGUUACAGUCCACUUUGAACGAUCAAACGCAUCCAUGGAGCUGAUUACAAAGGGACUCAGCUACUCUUGCUCGAUGAGGACGGAUCAUCGGGCUUCCGGAUCAGCGUUCCAUUCACUGUCCUCGUACCCGGUGCUUCUCUAGAUCUGGAUCAUUAUCUUCCUCGACUCGGCAUCGUGUGGGCUGAUCUAACUUCGACACGGCACGUUUGGAUUACAAUCGAUGGAUACUCUCCCUCUCUCUCUCUCUCUCACUCUUUUGCUCUCUAUUUCACUCUCCGCCCUCGUAGUCGGAUACGAAGAGGGGUAUUGAUUCGGGUUUUCCCAUUCGAUAACCAACGCAGUCUGAAGGCUCUGGACGUCUCCACGAGAACCACAAUACGGAGGCCAUCAUGACACAGUUGGUACGGGCACAAUCGCAUCCACUCCGGAGAAGCAGCAUCAAGACAUGCUCUUAAUUUUGCAAAGGCAGGGUCGACAACAGCUCUAUCUUCCUCCAAGCUAAGGGGAGAAGAGCAGUAUGAUCAUAUGUUAAGUACCCAGAUGAGCGUGAAUUGUAAAGCAUAGAAUGACAUGUAUAUAAUUAUAUCUUUUUAUAUUUAUAUAUGUCAUUCUAUACUUUCUACAUUUCUUCAAAUUGCUUGAGACUCACCAACUGUAGAUAUACUUGACAACAAACAACAAAUUGUAGAAGGCUCCAAGGUUUCAUAUAUAUAAACUCAUUAAAUGUUGAGAUUGACACCCAUUAGUAUUGUUAAAUUAGUCAUCAUGGAACCUG